AUGUACGCUAUUAGUUCUCAUAUUUGCCGUAAGGCUGAAAGGGUUGGAGGAAGACUUCGCUAUUUAAUACUAGGUGCAUUGACCAGGUCGACUUACCGUAUCGAUCGAUUGAAAAUGAGUGAGAAUCGCCAAACUUAUGAAGAUUAUGCCCAAAAGGGCCAUUACAACCAUCAAGAUUGGUCUCAACGCUGGCAGAAUCAAACAACAAAAUGGCAUGUUGAAGAAGCCAAUCCUCAUCUAGUUGAGAAUUAUGAGACUCACUUGCAGGAUAAAGACAAUCCCCAUUCGUCGAUAUUUGUACCCCUAUGUGGAAAAAGUCUGGAUAUGAUUUGGCUUGCCCAGAAAGGUCAUCAGGUAGUGGGCGUUGAAGUUGUCGAACAGCCUUGCCAUGAUUUCUUUCAAGAGAAUAAAAUUGAAUACAAAGUCCAAAAUUUACAAGGUGUAGAGGGGAAAGUAUUGACCAGUCAAGUCACUGAAAUGAAUAUUACAAUAUACAAUUGCGAUUAUUUCGCUUUGACGCCCAAAUUGUUAGGCUAUCGAUUUGAUAGUGUUUGGGAUCGUGCUGCUUUUGUUGCUAUCAAUCCAGAUUUACGAUGCGAUUAUGCCAAACACUUAGCCUCAUUAAUGGCUCCUUCCGGUCGUGGACUAUUAGUGUCCCUAAAUUACGAUAUUAAUGAACGUAUUCAUCCUGGACCACCAUUUUGUACUCCUGAUGCUCUUGUACAAUCUGUUUUCUCACCUCUCGCCUUGGUACAAAAGUUAUCAAGCACACUUCUAACAGGUCAAAGGAUUGAACGCUUUCAUCUAUCUUAUAUGGAUGAAAAUAUAAACUAUUUAAAAUUCAACAAAGAAUAA